AGUGACACAAAUUGUUUGGCUGGUAUCAAAUCAUGAACUUACUAAUUCUCUUAAUUUUUGUUUUCUUGAUCUCGAAUAUUUCUGGGUUUAACUAUUUAGUAGUGUCUCCUGCUUUUGGGCACAGCCAUUCUACAUUUAUGGGAAAACUGGCUGAUGCUCUGACAGAAGCCGGACAUAAUGUGACCGUUCUCUCCAUCAUCGUUUCGUCCAAGUUUCGAAACAUUUCCUACACAAAAUUAACUAAAGACAUAGUGGUUGUUGAGACAACAAAUGAACAAGAUCAACAAGCAGAGAAUAUGGAAAACAAUGAUUUUUCGAGAUAUUGGACGCAAGAGGGCACAUUGUUGGAAACUAUUCCGAGCUACUUGAUGUUCACUAAAAUGAGUGACCAUGGUUAUGAAACUUUUCGAAACCACGCUCUACCACAAAUGGAAUAUCUGAAGAGCCAUCGCCCUCGAUACGAUGCAGUUUUCUUCGAGUCAUACCUUCACACGGGAAAAGCAAUUCAAGAAUACCUAGAAAUUCCAGUUUUUCUUCCGGUGACUUCCCUCACGCAUGACUACAGGCUUGCAGAACUUAUUGGGGAACCUGUUAGCCCUAGUUAUUUAUCAGGAUACUUCACAAAUUUCGGGAACAUUAUGAAUUUCCAAGAACGAGUGAUUAACACAUUAUCUUACUAUCUUGCACAAAUUUUGAUCUCAUCACCAAACUGGAAAACUCUUCAGGAUCCAUCGAAAGACUUACUCGUGGAGUCAGAAUACUAUCGGGCUCCAUAUGUAUUCAUAAACUCAAACCCCUACAUAGAUUUUCCACGCCCUCUUCUUUCGAAAACUAUUGAAAUUGGUGGGAUUACUGUAGAUGCGGAUGCACUCAAAAGUGAGAAGGUCGAUGAAACAUGGAACAAUAUCCUCAAGAGGAGGCCUCAUAACGUGCUGAUUUCUUUUGGAACGAUGUUUAAAUCUAUUCAUAUGCCUGAUUCUUACAAGAAUAAUAUGGUCAAAGUUAUGAAAUCGUUCAAAAACGUAACGUUCAUUUGGAAAUAUGAAUCGGAGGAAACCAGUUUUGCGAACGGUGCUGAAAAUAUUAUUUUUAAAAAGUGGACUCCUCAAACGGCUCUACUAGCUGAUUCACGUCUCUCCGCAUUCUUCACUCACGGAGGUCUAGGAAGUGUUAAUGAGUUAAGCUAUCUUGGUAAACCUGCGCUCCUGUGCCCUCUGUUUGCUGAUCAAGUUCGCAACUCAAAAAUGCUUUCUCGCCACAAUGGAUCAAUCGAAAUCUCUAAGUUCAAUCUGGAAAGCUAUAAUACUUUGCGAUCUGCUUUGCAUAGUAUACUUUUCGAUGAAAGUUAUGCUGAAAACGCAGAGAAAUUGGCCAAGAAGCUGGAAUUUCAGCCAGCAAAACCAAAGGAAUUGUUUGUGAGACAUGCAGAGUUUGCAGCUCGAUUUGGCGAACAACCGGCCCUUGAUUGUAAUCUUCGAACUAUGGGAUUUGCCACUUAUCAUUUAUUAGAUGUUGUUGUAUGUUUGACGAGUUUCGUUGUACUAGUGAUACUUUCGCUAGUGGUAAUAAUUAGAAAAAUUGUACAAUCAUUGGCAAUCAAGAUGAAACGGGAUUGAUUAUUUUAGAGAAAAAGUAAAAAAUCUAGUGAUUGUUUAAAUACUAGGUUCAACAUGUCUCCAAAUCUUAUUACUUUCUCUUUUUAAAUUGUAUUACAUUUGAAUAAACACUGAACUAUAAA